CGGUUUGCACGCCAGGUUGGAUUUUCGCGGGGAUGUCAACGCCGUGGCCACGCCGUGGCGCCGCAGCGACUGCACCCAGCGCCGAUGCGCAAACUGCCUGGCCACGCCGCAAGAAGGAAGACGCUACACCUCCGGCAACUGCGACGACCAAGCCGCCACCAGGAGCGUCCGCGUGGCCUCGGCGGCAGCCGGCCGGAUCAGCGCCCGUGCCCGCCACCAAGGCCGCCAAGAAGAAAGCCGUCGAGGACGACGCAUGGGUGCUCAAGAUGUACGAGAAGCGGAAGGAGAUGAAGAAGAAGCGAAAACUCGAGCCCACGACGGCGCCGCCACCCGUUCCAGUCGACGAUGCCCCCGUCGCUAACCCAGAACACGCCGCCGUUGCGUUGGCGCCGUCAUCGCUCUUGGACGACAGCGAAGCUCUGCCUGCGAUUCCUCCCAAUAGCUUUUACGACGAAGCGCCUGCAUUUGACCCGACGCUGUUUGAGCCCGUGGCGAAACGCGCCAAAGCGGCCGUCGCGAUGCCCGCACCGAAGCUCAAGCCUCAAGCGGCGUCGUCCAAGCUCCAAGCGUCCUCACGCGCCGCAAACAGAACGCGGGCGCCGAGCGACGACGAUCGCGUCAGUAGCGAAGACGACGACAUCGUUCCGAAGGCGACCAAACCUCGGGCCAAGGCCAAGCCAAAGCCAACGACGCGUCUUCCAAGCGACGUACCGAGCGAGGAGGACGGCGAGGCGGCAAUCGACACAACCGAGUGGCGCAAGCACGCCAUCAAGCAGCGACAAGCCGCCGUCGGCAGCCACAGCGUCAGCGACAACUUUGUGCGGCUCACGAUGCGGAAAAAGGUCAAGGGCAGUCGCGGCAACCCGAAGAAGCGGCCGCUGUACCUGCGCGCCACGCUCUACGACAAGGCCGAGCACGACGAAGCGCCCGUGAGCAAGGCAACGCACGACGGCGUCGACGUCGUCCAAGAAUGCCUCGAUGUGCUCGCUCAGCCACCGCCGCCGCCGACCUUUGUGACGCUGGAAGAGGCGGUGUCGACACCUCUGUGCUACCACGGACUCCCCGCGCACCGCCUCGUCGUAAAGAAGAAGACGGCGAACCACGGGCGCGGCUUCUUUGCGUGCACGCGCAAGCUCGACGAAGGGCGAUGCGACUUCUUUCUCUGGGAACAAAACCACCCGGAUGCGAUCGCGCACGCGCUCGCGGCCCCCGAAGCCGAGCUGCCGCCCAUGCCCGAGUUUGCCACACCGCUCGACGCGCUACGCGUGCUGUUCGGCCACGCCGACUUUAAGCCUGGCCAGCGCUGGGCGAUCGACCGUGUUCUUAAUCGGCACGAGAAGGCGUCGCUUUUGAUCUUGCCGACGGGCGCCGGCAAGUCGCUCUGCUACCAGCUCCCGUCGAUCUUCCUACCUGGCCUCACGCUUGUGAUUUCGCCGCUCAUUUCUCUCAUCAACGACCAAAUGGAGAAGCUGCCACCGCCGCUUCAAGCACGCGCCGCGAGCUUCUCGUCGGCCAAGUUCAAGGCCGACCAAGCCUCGCUCUGCCGUGCACUCUAUGCGGGCCACAUCAAGCUGCUGUUUGUAUCGCCCGAGCGCGCCGUCACCGCCGGCUUCCACGCGCUUCUCUCCAAGCUCUCGAUCAGCCUCGUCUGCGUCGACGAGGCGCACUGUCUCUCGGAGUGGUCGCACAACUUUCGUCCGUCCUUUCUGCGCUUGGGGCCGCUCGCCGCCAAAGCGUCGCAGGUGCUGGCGCUCACCGCGACGGCGUCGACGAGCGUCACGGCCGACAUUGCGCGCAUCCUGAGCAUCAGCGACGACGGCAUCCGCCGUGACCGGAUCGGCCGCGACAACCUGACGCUAGACGUUGCUGUGACGACGGAUGCGUCACGCCUCGACGACCUCCGCGCGCUCUUGACAGCACCCCCGUACAACAAGGGCAGCGUCAUCGUCUAUGUCCACACGCAGUACGCGGCGGCGAUGGUCGCAGGCCACUUGAGUGCGCAAGCCCACAUCAAGACCAGCGCGUACCAUGCGGGCCUGGAGGCCGAUGUCAAAGAAAAGGUUCGCGCAACGUUUCUGAGCGGGAAGCUGCGUGUUGUGGUCGCCACGAUCGCCUUUGGCAUGGGCAUCGACAAGCCCAAUGUGCGCGGCGUGAUCCACUACCACAUGCCGAGCAGCAUGGAGCACUACGUGCAGCACGUCGGCCGCGCGGGCCGUGACGGCAAGCCAGCCCACUGCACGCUGCUGCUUGUGGCGAGCGAUUUCAACCGGUUCCAUGCCCUCGCGCACUCGGACGGUCUCUCGCUUCGCCAAGUGGGUCGGUUUCUGGACUUGGUCUUUGGCGACACCCGCGCGAUUCCGACUCGUCCGGGCUUUUGUGAGCUCACGCUACCCAUCAAGUGGCUCGAGAUGGAGCUCGACAUGAAGGAAGGCGUGCUUGAAACGAUCUUGACGAUGCUCGAGCUCCAAGGCCACAUCAAGCUCCUCCCGUCGCUCCACGCCACGUGCACGCUCACGAUUUCCAACUUCGAGCCAUGGAAGUCGCAUGUACUUUUCACCCGCGUCGAAGCGCUCGCCGACGCCGCGACCGAGCAGGAAGGGUACCUUACCAAAACCAUCUACACGUUCAACGUCGUCGAGCUCACACAAACGUUUCCGCUGCGCGCGAACGACGAUAUUGUCUUGUUGGAGCUCCGCCGGCUGCAGCAAACCGGCGUGGGGCAGUACCAAUUGAGCGACUACGCCGUGCGGCUCGAGCGAUCCGCCUCGCGCGUGCCCAACAUCGAGUCGAUUGUGCGCGACGUGUACACGCACCACGUCGCCCAAGAGAAGCGCAACGUCGUCCGCGUCGAAGCCUUGUACGCCGCUCUUUUGCGGGCCUCCGAAAGCGACGACGCGACGGCGUCACUCAACGAGACAAUCGAAGCGUACUUUGAAGACCGAGACGACGAUGCACCCGUCGCCAAGCCGUGGGCCUUUGCCCCGCUGACGCCCGGUCAAAUUGCCGGGAUUCAGCAGGCGACGCACAGCUUGCUGCACCACGACCAGCGCGCCUUCUCGGCGCAGAGCAUCACACGCAUCCUCCACGGCAUGGCGAGUCCGUGCUUCCCGAGCGACGAGUGGCGCGACCACAAUGCAUGGUCGCGGUAUGCCGCAUUGCCCUUUCCGCUCGUCAAGAACGUCGUCCACGACGUCGUCACGGCCUUCCGGAAGGACGAGAUGACGGCUGCAGCACCGACAGAGCCUUCAAGUAGCCUUGUUGCGCGCAAGCCGAAGGAAUAG